AUGCUCCUCGCCAUCUUCGUUUCCACGGCACAGGCUGGACCCUGGAUCAGCUUGGCCAAGUUCCUUCUGGAGUUGGCGAUGCUUGAGCCAGAGAUCCAGCAUGGAUUUCCUCAUGCUUACCUGGCUGCUGGAGCUCUGGCCGCUGCCUUGCGGGUGUGUGAUGCGCCAGAGAAGAAGCGACAGGAGCUAGUGAAAGAUGUGAUGAUUUGGCCUGCACAAUAUUCAAGUGAAGAAUUGCUCGUGAGCUGUGAAGAGGAGCUGUUGCAACUUUGGAUCCGUUGCAAGGAUGAGAUGGUGGAGUUCCAUCAUGUCUUCCGUUUUCUGGAGGCCAAGUACAGCUACCACUCGAGAUUUGAAGUCGCAUAUCUAUCCCCGGCCGGAGCGCUCAAAGCGCUGAGGGAGGAACGGGAGCCCGAAGACUUCAGAGAUUUUGAUCUAGAUUGGAUGCGCUGCGGAAUCACAGGCAGCCUACGCCAGUGUGAUCCAGUGGCGUGA